CCGAUCCCCCGCCGCGUCCCACGCCAACACACACGCACUCGUACACAUAUACUGCAAAUUAAAAAGCUAGCUUAGCCAUGGCACGUAGCCUCUCGUUGCUGCUACUCCUCGUCGCGUGCUUCCUCGUCGCCGGCGCCACCGCGGCUCGCCCGGCGCCGUCGACGAGCGGCGCCGCCGCCAUCAGCAGCUUCGUGAGGUCGUGGUGCGCGGGGACGAAGUACCCCGCCCUGUGCGACGCGACGCUGGCGCCGUACUCGGCGGCGGUGGGGGCGAGCCCGGCGAAGCUGGCGUGGGCGGCGCUGACGGUCACCCUCAGCGCCGCCCGCAACGCGACGUCGGCGGUGAGGUCCAUCGCGGCGAGGUCGUCGUCGUCCCAUCUCCCGCCCGUGGCGGCGGAGGCGGCCGGGGACUGCGCCAGCGAGCUCGGCGACGGCGUGGACGCGCUGCGGCGGUGCGUGGACGCCAUGGCCCGCGUCGCCGUCGGCGAGGAGUCGUCGUCGACGGCGGCGGCGGCGAGGAGGAAGGUGAGGUUCGAGGUGGACAACGUGCGGACGUGGGCCAGCGCGGCGCUCACCGACGACAACAUGUGCAUGGAAGGGUUCAAGGGGGAGGCCGCCGGCGGCGGCGGCGCCAGGGAGGCCGUCCGCGGCCACAUCAUGGGCCUCCUCCACCUCACCGCAAACGCGCUCGGCAUCCUCAACGCCAUGGCCAAGCAAAUAUAACUCCUCCCUAGCUAGUAGAUAACUCAGUGACAUACAUACCCAUGUACGUACGUCGAGGUAUGCAUACUGGAUAUAUACGGAUAUACCGUAUGUAUACCGUCAUAUAUACACAUGUUUUGCGUGCAUAUAUAUACCAUUUUGUUCUUCUGUGUACAUUCACAUACACCAUGGCAUGAUGAACGGGCAUAAUGUUAUUUCUCCAACAAUUGAAAAUAUACAUGAUGGGAAAGUGGCGUAGAAUAUAUAGACACAUUAAUUUGUUCUUGUGUAC